UUUCAGUCACAUUUUCGUAGUUUUGCUCGCCUAUAAAUUAACAAAAUUGUUCGUCUCGGUUAACAACACCAUGGAUAGAAAGCCGAACUCUAGCACUACGAUUUGCACUUUGUUCACUGUAUCGCACUCUGAUUAUAUAUACGGCCUGGACUUGCUACUGAAGGCAAUUGAGAAAAGUAUGCAUACGAAGGAGGACCUUCUGGUGGCACUUUCCCACUUUUUGCUGACCAAGCAUUACGAAAUGGGCUGUGUUGGUAAUGGAGAUGAAGAAAUCUUGCGAACUAACGAAACUGGCUCCGAAUGGCUUCCCGAUAAUUGGAAUGCUAAUGGCACAAAGUACGCGCUUCGCUAUGUGCAUGGCAAGGAGUUGUAUUUGCUGAUUGGUCACAAAAGGAAGGAUACUCUGAUUCUCAAUCUGUUUGACACUAGAGCGAAGUCUGAAUCGAGCAUUAGUCUUGAGCCCCACUCAUUGGUAUUUGCGAUUAAAGGCAGCUUGACAAUAUGUAUUCCCACAAUUUCGCAAGUUGUUGAUCGUUUCCGCAACGAGCUGUUUAGUCCAAUUUUGUCCGGAAAGUUCCGAAAUGUGUCCACACAGACAAUCAAUAAUUCUGUCUCCGAGUGCAGACGCAAUUCGGAUCAAUUAUGUAUCGGCUCUCGGAGCUGGUUUGUAUCCUCGCCAUGUGGUCGCGGAAGGUAUCCCUUUCAUCCGCGUAGCCGAAUUUUUCCGAAUUACAUCGAACAAGUGCGUGAAUAGCGUAUCGCAAUAGACCGGCAUGAUCCAAACUCAUUAUGACCCAGAAUUUCUAUGGUUAAAUGAAUACAAUAAAGAGGCGACAUAAUAAUAAUAAGUA